CUUCUCUCUCCCUCUCUCUUUUCUUCAUUCCCACAACUCUCUUCAUUCACUUUUUCCCUGAGUCUCUUCUUCACUCCUCAUCCUUCACCUCGUUCUCGAUAACACUGACCCACUCAGACACAAUGGUCGCCACACAGCCCCCUAUCUUUCGUCUCGACUGCAAGGCCCAAUCCUACGACUGGGGCAAGGUUGGAUCAGCCUCAAAGGUCGCAAAGUUCGCCUCGUCCUCGCCCGGAUUCGUCGUUGACGAGAACCGUCCUUAUGCUGAGCUUUGGAUGGGAACCCACUCCAGUGGUCCCUCAACCGUCCACCAGUCCGACAAGACCCUCGAGUCCGUCCUGAAAUCCAACCCCCAACUCCUGACGCCAUUCUUCCACGAAAGAUACCAUGGCCACCUCCCCUUCCUCUUCAAGGUCCUCUCCAUCAACAAGGCCCUCUCGAUCCAAGCCCACCCCGACAAGGAGCUCGCGGAAAAGCUCUUUUCGGCCCACCCGGACAUCUACAAAGACGACAACCACAAGCCUGAGAUGGCCAUCGCACUUACAGAGUUCGAAGCCCUUUGCGGAUUCAGGCCCCUUGACGAAAUCUCCGCCGCCCUGGACCAAUGGCCCGAGUUGCGGGCUCUUGUCGGCGAUAACAAUGCCAAGGACUUUCAAGACGGCGUGACGCGAUCCAAAGGAAUCGAAGGAAUCAAGGGUAUCAAGGAAGGACGACAGGCAUUAAGGGCAUUGUACAGCGUCGUCAUGACCGCAGAUCCGGCCAAGGUGAAGCAGGAACUUGACCAGUUGAUCAACCGUUUGGGCGACGCGCAGCAGUACCCGCGUCAUUCAAUCGAAGAGUUGUUGUUGAGGACCCAUUCGCAGUUCCCGGACGAUGUGGGUGUGUUCUGUUUGUUCUUCCUCAACUAUGUGGUCCUGCAGCCUGGUCAGGCCAUCUUCUUGGCUGCUAACGAGCCACAUGCAUAUUUAAGUGGAGAUUGUGUGGAGUGCAUGGCUGCCAGCGACAACGUCGUCCGGGCAGGACUGACCCCCAAGUUCAAGGACGUUGAGGUCCUGACCCAGAUGCUGACCUACCAAGCAAAAUCCAGCACCGAGCAGCUUCUCACAGGCGUACUCUGUACACCCACAGGUCACUCACUCAUGUACGACCCUCCAAUCGAAGAAUUCUCGGUGAUUCUGACAACACUGAACCAUGACAAGGAGAAGGAACGGUUGCGUGGAGCUGAGGGCCCUAGUGUCGUGAUUGUGACCAAGGGCAAGGGAGUGAUUCGGUCCGAGAGGCACCAUGAGACUGAUCCGGAGAUCGUCGAGGUCCCUGUUGAAGCCGGAAACGUGUUCUUUGUCGGAGCCAAUACACCAUUCUCGAUUGAAGCGUCAUCGGAAGACGGAGUGACGAUCUAUACGGCCUUCUCGGUCAAGCCAGACAAGCGGGAUCAUUACCAUCACUAAACUCGCCUAUUAAAUGUACGGCCAGUAGGCGCGUACAAAAUAAAAACGCGACUAUAGUCAUUUUU